ACGGCGGGCAGCAACGGUGGAGGCGGAGCGAACGGCGGCGCGGACGAAGGACAUGGUUGGCAGAGGUCAAGACGGGCUGAGCAAGACGUGAGCCAGUCGGGAACGCGAAAUUCCAGGCGCGACACUGCUUAGUCAGCACGAUCAGCCCCGGCUGUUCCGCCCCGCCAGCCCGCCCGUGCGGAAUUUGCAGAGUCGCUCCCGCCGCCAUGAAGCAUGGCGUCGCGUUCAGAAAGUUCUCGCGCACGUCGUCCCACAGGGACCUCAUGCUGAGGAACUUGGUCACCUCCCUCUUCGAGCAUGAACAGAUCAAGACGACACUCCCCAAGGCCAGGGAUACGGCGCGUCUGGCGGAGAAGAUAAUCACCAUGGGCAAGAAGGGCACCCGACCAGCAUUCGAUCGCGCCUCCGCCUUCCUGCUCAAGCCCUCCGCUCUUUCCAACCUCUUCGAGAAGUACGCGCCGCGCUAUGCUGAGCGUGCGGGAGGCUACACUCGCAUUGUCAAGGCUGGAAACCGUCAGGGCGACAAUGCUUCUGUGGCCAUCCUCGAACUCGUCGACAACCCGCGCGACCUCAAGUAUGAGAUGACGGCACGCGCGAUCGGCUUCGAGCUCGUCAGGACUCGUCUGCAGCGCUCCAACAACCUGGAGCACAUCGUCAACGAGCCUGCCAAGGGAACAGAGGAGAUGUUGGAAAAGGAGGCUCAGCUCGAAUACGGCCAGUCGGGCAAGCUGCGACCAAAGACGCGCUGGAAUCUACAGAAGGCGCUUAAGUUCCGCGGUCCCGAAGCCGUGAAGGACCUUUCCCAGAAGGUUGCUCAGUAUUCGACACAAUUGCUGGCUACGCCCGUUCUUGCGCGUGCGACAUGGGAAUCCAAGGUGGAGAAGAACCAACACUACAAAGACCCCGCACCCCGCCCUGGCCAGCAAUACCCUGGUGAUACGCGCAGUGCGCUGCAGCUCGCAAGGGGCAAGCUUGGCCGGCAGGUCCCUCCACCCGCAAAUCCGACACUCACCGUGGACUUGUACAAGAAGGCAUGGAAGAAGGCCUCGGCAUCGAGCUCAUCACCUGCGUCUGCUUAGUACCGCAUUGUCCCUCCGUUUGCUAUCGUACAUUGUCUUAUUCAGGAACUCCCGCUUCUCCCGA